AUGGCCAAUCACCCCAAAACUAAAUCCCUACCUUUCCACACUCUAAUUUCAAGAACAACACAAAAGAACCGGACAGGAGUCUUAUCUCCGACCGUCAUUAAAUCACUUCCUAACGAUUUAUUAACUGAAGUUCUUGCAAAAGUUGCAGCUUCUUCUUACGUAGACUUGGUCCAAGCCAAAUUAGCUACCAAACAGUUUCUUGAAGCAUCAAAGGAUCGAUACAUAUUCCAGCACGUGUCUCUAGGAAACUUCGAGAAUCAUCUAUGGAACAACAGUCCAGAAUUUUGGUCCUUCAUUGAAACUUGCAACAACAAUGAGAACCCAGAGAGUCUAUAUCGAAAAGGAAUGUUGGAAUUUUUCACUCAUUGUAAAGAAGCUUCUGGACUGGCUUAUUUAAAGCUAUCGGCUCAAAAAGGGUAUGUGGAUGCUUGUUAUGUAUGCAGUGUUAUUUUGUAUGCUUCCAAAGCCAAAGACGAAGGAUUUGAGUUUUUGAAGAACCAUGAGGCGAAAUUAAGGAAUAAAAUGGCAGAAUGUCGUUGGAGAGUUAAGAGGUUUGUAUCGUAUCUUUGGAUUAAGAAUAGGAUAUCAUCGUCGGGGGAAGAUCCCAAUGAUCGAAAAUGUGAUAAAAAUAUUAAUUGUAGGGUUAACGAGAGAAGAAAUAGUUGGGAUUGGAAAGACGAAGAUGAUUAUUAUGGAGAGUACACGUGUGAAAAGUGUAAAUGGAACAAUGAGGUUUUUAGAUUUUGUAAGAUGUUGAGAACGGGAAGGUAUAGUUAA